AUGACAUCCACCAACACGAACGCCUCCUCUGCUUCUCCGUCCUACUACCCACCUAACAUCCUCCAAGCUCCCUACCUUGGUCCUCCUCGAAUGAGUAGGGAGGAUCUUCAAGGCCGCUGGGGCGAUGGAAUGUUUGCCCCGCCUGUCCCCUCUCGUCGCACGUCUGGUCGUUCCAAGCGACGAUCAUACCUUCCUGCUCCCCACCCUGGAGAACGCUUAACUGGACUUGGAAACCCAUCUCAAGGAGACGUCUCCAAUACCCAUCCCGCCACGGGAUCUGGCCGGUCUCAGAACCAGGGGGUGCCUACACCCGCUCAGGUUCCCGCCGUCGAGCCUACCGCACACGCCACUGGCAACACCCCGGGCGCACCUAAAGAGGUCACCCUCCACUUGACCAUGCCCAUCACCUUCCCUUCUGGCAUUGGUGGUCCCGCACAAGUGAAGGUCCCGACCGCUGUCGAUACCUCCUCCGCAGUACCCGGCCCUCUUGGGCCCACUGUCAUUGUACCCCCCUCUAGCGAUGGCUCUGGCCGUAGCAACAAGGAUUGGGUCAGUGUAGAUUCCGUACCGUCUGCUAAGCUUUCUGGCUCCAACGCUCGCUCGGUGUCCAGGUCCAGGUCGUCGUCGCCCGCAACCACCGUCAGCCCACGAUCUCGAUCGCCUUCCACCCCGGAGACCUGCGACGUCUGUCCCGAAGCCGCGAUAAAUACUGUGCUGAUCAAUUCCCGAUAUGAUUUCAUGGGUGCGCCCAACAACAACCUUGAAGCUCUUGCGAACAACUUUGGAAGGAUGAGCGUCAAGGACAAGGACAACAAGAACGUUCGGUUCUCUCGCAGGCGUAGUCGAAAUCCUUUGCCGGACCUUCCGAUCCCACAACCUCUCUUCCCGCAGUCGAUCAAGGGGGAUACUCGCGACACGAACACCGGGCCUAUUCCUGUCUCUGCGCCCUAUAUCCCAUCUCUGGCUUCACCGACCCAGUCACCUUGGUCAUCGAACCGGAGUCUUCCCAGUCCAACAGCUGUCCCAGCUCCCUUUCCAAGAUUCAGUCCUUCCCCGCCCCCUCUUAUCAUGCCUCCCUUUGCCCCGGCUGGGUAUUGCAGCAAGUGCUCUGUCCCUCUUGCGCACACGGGAUCGACGGUGUGUGACGCGUGCAGACCUUGGGACGCAAUGAAUGGAUACAUCUAUCCACAAGGGAGGCCGAUUGCACCCAGUGGUUAUCCGCCUUUUGCACCACCAGUCGCUCCAACAGGCGUGUUCGCACCGCCCGCCCCUAGUCUGUACUCCUACCCCACCAGGGGUCCGUCGCUGUGCAGCCUAUCCGGCGAGGUGAUCUAUCCGUAUCGUGUCUUCUAUCCUGGUCAAUCUGGGGUGGUACAUCCGGUUUAUUACUUUUCGGAUGCCAGUCUUGCUUUUGUGGUGCAAGGCUACGAAUUCCGUGUCCAUCGUUACCUUUUUGAAAAUGGUUCGGCCGUCUUCAAAAAGGCACUCGCGUCAUUCCCUAUUGAAAGGGACAACAUUGUCACUAUCUCCCUUUAUACGGCAACGGCAGACGCUUUUGAAGCCUUCUUGAAGGCGUUGUACGCUAGGCCUGGCGAGAACAUUUUCGAGAACACAGGUGACCGAGCCGAAGCGGGCUCGUCCAUGACUUCUCUUCAGCGUGCGCAAGCCAUCUUCAGUCUCGCCACGCGCUGGGAAUUCCACACCCUCUGCAAGGAAGUCAUGGCUCACUACAAGGACGUUGGAAGCCUUGUCGAUAGGUUCAUCGUCGCUAAGAAAUACGUCAAACUCAACCCGGCGAAGGAACCCGUUGUGCUCAGCACCUGGGGCGGCCCUUACAGUCCUUACAUACCCCCCGCUAACAUGGCCACACCUUGGGACCCGCUGAAAGAUGCGAAGAAGGUCGAUGAUGAGAAGCCAGACUGGGAGGCAUACCUUCUCGACGUUCUCAAAGGCCUUUGUCUUGGAGGUAACCCAGUCACCCUUGAGGACGCCCGAAGACUUGGCUUGGAGACCGCUAUGAAGAUCUGGCACGCCCAGGACCAAAUCAGGACUCAUUUCCCAGACGUCAUGCGGCCUACCUACCGUGCUUGUUGCGGUCUUGCGAAGCCUCAAAAUUCCGCUAGUGACUACCCUCACGUCGACACACACGCCAUGAAAGCGAUUGAAACUUAUAUCAAGAAGAAGUUCGGAAUCAAAACGUGUGAGUGA